GACAUUGGACUUCUGUGUAGGGCCUUGAUCUUCCUGAAAUUCUUGUAGAAGCUGAAAGACGUGGGUCAUCUUUUGAUGAAUUGUUGACAAUUCUUGAGCAAGACGAUUGGAUGUACAGUGAUGGAAAGUCUACAUCAUGUGUCGUUUUCAUUCUUGAAAAUGUACAAGGAAGCAGGGUUGUUUGAUCCAAUUGCAAACUCCAUUCAAGUUACAGAGUUUACGAUAAAAGAUGCUUAUACACUCAAGUUCUUUGAAAACAAUUCAAGCCGCCUGCCAAAGUGGUGCAAUGAUGCGGGCACUAUGAAGCUCCCUUUCUGCCAAAUUCGAGGGAAGUAUAUGAUGGAAUUACCUGGAUACAAUACAAUGGAUCCAUACCCUCAUAUGAAUGAAUGGUGCCCAUCUUUUCCCCCAAAAUACUCUAGGCCUAAGGGUUGUUAAAGGUCUUCUAAUUUGUUUAUUCUGUUUCGGAGUUUUUAUACCACUGCUUUGUACAAUACUAGGUUGUAUUUUUUAUUUUAAUGUAUACAACUUUUCUGAUGCAAAGACUUGAAAGAUUUCAAAAGUUUAGUUGAUGUAGGUUUGAUGUUGUUUGUAAAUUUGCUACCUCAAUACAAAGAGAGUAAUAGUAAUUUCAUUGUUACUGCACAGUUCUA